AUGGCAGCACCCUCGAACAAUGCUAUCCCAGAUCUCGCCUCAGUUCUCAAGACGCUUUCGGCGUACGUUCCACCUGUUCCCAACCAAUCUGGGCCUCCCUUGAACUCAGCGAUUCAGGUCUCGGGUCAGAAUUUGUAUUCUAGAGCAGCUCCUAUUUCUAUCCAUGAAACCCAAGCACAAACCCCUCAGCAGUUAGACCCAACAGCGAACCUACCUGACCCGUCCACCAUAAUAGUCUGGCACGCAGCCUUGAAAUAUGUCAUGAAAACCGUGGCUCAUAAUGAGACUAUUCAGUCCAAUAUUAGGAGGUUGAUUCGUUCACAACAUGACCAUGAGAAACAGUGGUGGGAGGGCAGGAUAGCAUUGGUAGCAAAACAAGAGGGCCGGGCAGCAAAGAAGAAACAGAUUAAUGAGGUCUUACGGUCGGUAGGCGGGGUGGUUGCAAACGACUCUGACGGUCCAACCCCUGAAGAUGAUAAACUCGAGCUUGAAACUUAUGACAGAAAGGUAUACAAAGCACUGACAAGCAUGUCAAAUGCCCUAGACGCAGAGCUUCGCGCUCUUGGUAUACCAUUCUUCACUACCCAGCGCAGACUGCUUGUUUUACCAUCCGAUCCACCUUCGGAUCCGGGGUCAAGUGGCCGCCUUACUCCCGAUGAACUCAAGAAUCUUCGGCUGCGAAUGCUGCAACUCUUGGAGGAUCUUUGUAAGGAUUGA